GCUUUGCGGCUGCGUGAUCCCGGGAGGCUUUCAGCCCAAGGACAGGCCUCGAACGUCUCCCCAGCUUUUUGGUGCCGGAGCCCCUUUCCGCUCUCAAAAGUUGUUGAGGACUCCCCACAGCCAGCUUUGGCCUAUGUGGGCUCUAUCGGUAUUUCUGAAUGAGAAGAGGGCUUGCGGUGGUUUUGAAAAUCUUUGGACCCCACGGUCCCCAGAAGGGGGUUCAUGGCCAAAGCCUAGGACUGGUGACAUUCAUUAGCUUUGUGGCUGUGGCUGAGUCUGUCCUCCAGGCCUCUGCCACCGGACAGAGACGUGAGCAGGAAGCCAGUCUUCCCUUUGUGUUUUUAGGUAGCUGACCCUUGGCCGCGCUCCGGCCCAGAGACGUCCCCUGUCUUCUCUUCUGGACCCCCUAGGGCCGUGUCUCCAUGGAGGUGACCGCACUCUGGUGGGGACACAGCCUUGAGUCUGCACCCCUUUUGAGUGGGAGAAGGUCCAGGGCCUCAGGACGGGGCCGCCUGAGGAGCAGAGGUUCCGAGGUUCGGCCGUUCCCCAGCCUGGACGCUAGAGAGGGUAGCGUUUGCCUGUACCUCCCCUUGGGGACCCUGAGCUGACUCACGGCUGGCUGGCCUGAAGGUGGCUUUGACCCAGAGCUGUGCGUACUAUGUCUUCCACACUGUUCCCCACUGGCCUGGUGCCCUUUGAAGACCUCUUCUCCAAACCCCCAAAUCCCAUGCUUGGCCCCAGCCUGACUCAAGGUCCGCUUGUCUCAGGCCAAGAGGGCUGCAGGAAGCUGACCUGCCCGCAGUUGGGCCCUGGGUUGGCCCUGAACGCUCCACCCACUGGGCCUUCACCUAGCCCCACCGGCUCUGGGGAUCUGGCCCGUGAGCCUUCGAGUCCCUGCCAGGCCUCAGACCCUCCUCUUUUGGAGCUCAGCCCUGGCAGCAGCAGCUUGGAAGACGUCAUCUGCAAACCUCCCAGCCCCGAUGGCCCUGGGGCCACAGAGACGCUGUCCCCCUGCUCUUCUCCCCGCUGGGAUUUUGGGGACCUGUUUUGCAAACCCCCAAACCCCAUGCUUUCCUCCAGCAUGGCACUCUCAGGCUUAGGAACCGUGGCCUGUGAACCUCCAGCCUUGCCGUCCCCCAGGCCUGAUUCUGGCCCCAGGCCCAGGGCAGCAAGCCCAGGCGGUGCCGCCUGCAGUCCUGCACAAGGGAAAGCCAGGCCCAAGAAAUGUAGUGGCCAAGGUGGCAGCCUUCGGCCGGACAGCAAGAGGAGAGGCAAGAAGGCCAGGGCUUCUGUCGCCAAGGGGAGGCAGCCCCAGGAGGAGGACUUUGCCCAGCUCCUUGAGCAGUACCGACGGGAGAGGGAGGCCCCUGAGGUGGCCCCGGUGCCCCCGCCUGUGGAGGGUGGGGCGAAGAGGGGAGCCAAGCGGAGCGCCGGGGCUGGGAGUGCCAGCCGUGCCAAGAAGAGGAAGCGGGCAGGGCCAGCGAAGGGACCGGCGAAGGCCCCGGCCCCCCGGCGCCCGGCAGGCCCUCCCGCUGCCCCAGAACGUGCCCCUGUGAGCGAGGAGUUUGUCCAGAAGAACACAGUGGCCCUGGGCUCACAGAGGGUAUGCAAGUACUUCCUGGCCGGACGGUGUGUCCGCGGAGAGCAGUGCCGGCUGGACCACGGGGCCGACGGCCUCAAGUUCCAGCAGCUCUGCAAGUUCUACGUGCAGGGCUACUGCACGCGGGGUGACCACUGCCGCUUCUUGCACAACGAGUUCCCGUGUAAGUUCUUCCACACGGGCGCCAAGUGCUACCAGGGCGACCACUGCGGCUUCUCCCAUGCACCCCUGACUCCUGAGACGGAAGGCCUGCUGAGGGCUGCCCUGGCGGGCCCAGCCCCCGUGGAGGCUGCUCCUCCUACGGCUCCCUCCUGACGGCUGAGGGCAGACUGAGGGUCUCGCUCCCAACUCUUCUGUGUUUGGUAGAGAUGGGAAUUAUUUUGCUCUGGUUAGCGCUGUGAUUGUGAGGAGUCCUAUUAAAAACCCCAGGAAGUUA